UGAAUGAAACAAUGUGAAAACAAAGUUAGUUGAGACUCAGACAAAACUAACUGUUACUUGUCACAUUUUGUAUCUGGCGUGUGAAUUUAGUAUGGAUCUUCUGCAGUUUGGGCCACUUGACCAGCUAAGAUGAACAAUAGAAAAGAGCACUGAAGAAUUAGAUAGUAGUGCUUAUAGACCGUCUCGCGGAUUUUAUGCUGUUCAGUUCUGUCAAUGCCACAACGUCCCAAUCUUUGAGAGCUACUACUCUUGCCUCUACUUUCCACCAUGGCUAGCAAAGACACGGACAGAAAGGCCAAGAAAAGGAAAAGGGAUUCCUUAGAUGAGGAAGAGGAUGAGGUCUUGGCACCAAGUAAGAGGACUAGCCGCAUGCUUGCCUCUGAAGUGGAUGAUGACACGGAGACGGAUAUUUCGGAGAUGUCCCAAGUUCAAGCUGAUCCACAUCUGUGUGCAAGUGUAGCCAGACCGGCUGAGUGCGGUAUUAUUGAGAAGAUCUCACUGAAGAACUUUAUGUGCCACUCCAACCUGGACGUUGUGCUUGGACCCAAUGCGACCAUCCUCAACGGCAAGAAUGGAAGUGGAAAGUCUGCCAUAUUGGUAGCCAUUGUUGUGGGUCUUGGCGGUGCUGCCUCUGCGACCAAGCGUGGUAGUGCUCUGAAAAACUUUAUCAAAGAGGGCUGCAACUCUGCGAAUAUCACCAUCAAGAUCAAAAACCAUGGAGAUGAUGCAUACCUGUCUGAAGAGUACGGUGACUCGAUUAUUGUUGAGCGCAGGAUCGGCAUUGAUGGCACCGGUGGUUACAAGAUCAAAGGAAGCAAUGAGAAAGCCAUCUCUAACACCAAGGAUGACCUUAUUCGCAUCUUGGACCACUUCAACAUCCAGGUCGACAAUCCGGUCUGCGUACUACAACAGGAUAUGAGCCGUAGCUUCAUGCAUUCAACGUCUCCAAAGGAUAAGUAUAAGUUCUUCAUGCAGGCCACACAGCUGGAUCUGAUGUGUCGGAACUAUCGUGAGAUCCUCGAGUACAAGGAUGAUCUUGCUCAGCAGAUGAAGAUGAAAAAAGCCAGUAUGCCAUCCCUUGAGCGUGAUGUGAUGAUCAAGGAACAGCGCUUCAAGGAUCUGGAGCGACUCGACAAGUUGGAGCAGAAGAAAGCUUCCCUGGAGUGCGAUAUUGCGUGGGCCCAAGUCAAAGACUUAGAAUCGAUCCUAGAGGAGCUGCGUACAGGUCUCCAGCACCAGCAGAAGCGCUUGCCAGGCUACAAGAAGAAGAUGGCAGACUGCGAUGUUGCCAUCAAGAAUGCCGAGCAGAAUAGAGCGGCGUUGCAAGCCAGCUUUAAAGAGAUUGGACGCGAGAUUGAGGCCGCCACUACUGCCAAUGCCACGAAGGCACAGGAGCUGCGCAGCCAGAAGCUGGUGUUGCGUGAAGCCCAGAGCAAGAUUCAACAGGUGAAGGGUAAGAUUCGCACAACGGAAGGAGAUCGUGACCAGGUCAAGGCCCACAUCGCUGAACUGAGACAGCUGGCCAUGGUAGACCGUGAAGCGGAGUCUAGAGAGCGCAAUGCCAAGCUGGAACGGCUGCGGCAGGAGCUGCGUGAAGCCGAGGACCGGCUUCGCACGACCAAUGACUUUCGCCAUCAGCUGGAGCAAGCACUAAGGACCCAUCAAGAGAAGCGCUACCACAUGAAGGGUGACAUCAGCGAAGCACAGAACCAGGUUGAUCAGCACAAGCGACGGCUUGAGCAGCUGCGCUCGUCGAAGCAGAACCGCGUGCAGGUCUUUGGCCGUGGCUACGCCGACCUUGUGCACAGGAUUGACGCGGCACACAGGCAGCGCCAGUUCAGGAAAAAGCCAAUCGGCCCCCUCGGUCUGCAUCUUAACCUGCAUGAUGAGAAGUGGGCCCUGGCCGUGGAGGCAUGCGUUAGCCGUGGCAUUCUCAGUGGCUUCCUGGUGGAUAACGGCGAAGACAAGCGGGUCGUGCAGCAGCUUAUCCGAGAUGCGAGAAUGGAGCGGCCGCCAACCAUCAUUAUCACCCGGUUCCUGGGUUCUCGGCACGAUGUUACAAGAAAUAAAGCACACACGAAUCACCCGACUGUGAUGGAUGUCCUUGACAUUGACAAUCCGGUGGUGUUCAAUGCACUGGUGGAUCAGCGCAACGUUGAAUCUCAUGUUCUGGUGCACGACGCCCAGGAGGCGCGUACGUUCAUCUGGUCACGUCCACCGCCGCAGCGCUGCUACUCGGUGUACACGGGCGCCGGCGAUGUGGCGUACCCUGACAAGCGCUACAUCUCCAAUCGCGCGCGCAACGUCAUGUGCCUGCAGCAGAACGUGGACGGCGAGAUUGCUCACGUCGAGAACGAGCUGCGUCAGUGCAGCACCAUGCUCACAAAGCUCUCGCAGGAGAGAGACGAGCUGGAGCAGCACAUCAACGACGCCAACCGCGAGCUGCGCAGCUCGCGCGGCAAGCUGAGCCGCGACCAGGACAAGCAGAAUCGCCUGCAGGCGGACAUAGCCGAGCUGGCCAGCGUGGAGGAAGAGGAGUCUCGUCCGCUGGACAUCGCCACACUGGAGGAGGACAUUCGCACAAUGGACCUGCGCCUGGACGAGCUGCACACCGACCUGCAGGAGCACGAAGAGCAGGUUGCGCACAUUCUGCCGCUGCUCCGCGAACAGCAGGAAAGACAGCAUGAGGUCACGUUGCAGCACGACGAGAUUGGCCGACGUGGCAAGGCCCUCAAGGAUGAAAUUGGGGAGGUGGAGCGAGACCUGGUGAAAACUAGGCAGCACAAGGACCACUAUUCGAAUAGCUUUGCGCAGAAGCAGAAGGAGAUUGAGGACCUGCAGCGCCGGAUUCAAACCCAAGAGAAACUUAUAGCGGACACCGAGGGGAAGGUGCAAGCGGCCUAUCCAGAGCGCUCCACGUCUCGUCGUUCCGUGAAACACUUGGAGAGUGAGCUUCGCCAAAUGGACAAGGCUCUGAGAGAGAAGGACAAGAGCCAAGGUAACCGUGAGGAGAUCACGGCCGAAUACCAUGAGGUGUCGCAACGCUUCACCAAGCUGCGGCAGGAGCUCAAGAUCCUGGAUCAGCUUGGCCAGAAACUUGGAGACGCCAUGAUCAAGCGGCAGGCUGCCUUCAAGCAGAUCCGAGAUAAGCUGGAGACGCGCUUGAAAGUCUACUUUUUCAUGUUCAUGAGUCGCCGUGGUUACCAGGGGAAGUUUGAAUUCAACCACGAAAGCGAGACUCUGGACAUGCAUGUGAAAGUUGUGGAUGAUGCAAAAUUGACUAAAGACACAAAGACUCUGUCCGGUGGCGAGCGGUCAUUCUCGAUGGUAGCCUUCAUCCUUGCACUGUGGGACGUGAUGGAGACACCAUUCCGUUGCUUGGAUGAGUUUGAUGUGUUCAUGGAUCUAGUCAACCGGCGUAUUGCUAUGGACAUGUUGCUAAGCGCUGCCAGCACCAAUCGCAAGAGGCAGUUCAUACUGCUAACUCCGCAGGACUUGUCGAACUGGUCCAAUAAGGACCAUGUGCGUAUUUUGCGCAUGAAAGAUCCCGUCCGCAAUCAACCUACUCUGGAUGCCCAUCUGGUACAACAGAAUGCUUGAAGACAAGAGUGGUGGUCCAUGUCAGUCAUACAUGUUCAUAAACAAAGCAGAUGACAAUCGCAGUCUCAUGUAAUCAACAAUUCAUAUUUUUCAAGCACUGAUAAUCAUCAAGCUUUGUAGAGUGUGUGUGUGUGUGUGUGCGUGCGAGUGUGUGGUGGUAUAUGUGCGUUGGUCCUAGAACAGACAAAACAUAAUAAAGAUCAGAGAACAUCUGAUAGCUGUGUAGGGUUCCAAACAGAACUAGUUUGCUAUUAAUUUUAGCGCUGUCCGUUUAGCGGUCGUUGUCGAAUGAACACGCCUAGCUUGGCUGUGCUGCUGGAGGCUGCCUUUCCCGUGGAGCUGCUCUUCUGCGUUUUGCGCCUGCCUUUCACCGUCAGCUGGUCUUUAUCUGAUGAUACAGUUGCUGCUGCUACUGCUGUACUUGCUCCCUGUGGGACAGAACGCGCGUAGCAGUUUUAGAAUGUUUUCAUCCCAUCGAAUUGUCCACUAUUGUCCACAUGUACAUCUAAUUGUCUAGUUGUCCACUACUGUCCGCUAUUGUUAGUUUCUCGUGUUUUUACCGUUUUGUGGUCUAACCCCCUCUUGACUGAUCCUUGUGACUGCCGAGCUGUGUCUCGCUCUCCUACAUAUCUGCCCCCCCCCCCCCCCCUUUUAAUCUUUCCAGUUAUCUUUCCAAAGGAAGUGGGCCCAAUUGUCGCUUCAUUGCUACCAAUAGACUGCUGGUACUUAGCUGGAGUAUAGCCACGUUGUGUGUGCCACUAUAUUCCCUACUCGCUAUCUCUCUCUCUCACCCCUACAGAGUACAUUUUAAAGCGUCAUGGCUCUUCAGCGAAAACAAACAAAGUACACGGCGAGAUUUUCCACUGA